AUAUUAAAGCUAAAAGACAAUGAUAUCAACAGCUGAAACUACGAGAGCUUCCAUAUGGAGCCCGAGCUUUUCUACACGCGCCUGCAGUUCAAUCGAUUCAGUGAAAAUGCUACUGCGGCUGUGCAGUGAAGCUUCUUGUCGAGAAGAAAAAGUAUACUGGCACCGGGGUCUUUACGGGCAUAACGUUUCUGAACAAUUAUAAUUGAUCGUUAGCUGUGGAAACAUUUUUACUUAUUCAAACAAUAUUCUGCUUUUGAAGACUGGAAAUUUAAAAUUCUUGUUGUUUUAACGCCGUUGAUAGUAAUUCAGCGUCCGUAAAGAACUGCAUUGACCCUACCCUCUACCAAUCGAUCUGUUUUCCAAGUGCAACGAUGUACGCUAUGAUGCUAUCACCUUGUGAGAUGAUUAAGGGCAAAGAAGACGUUGGCGGCAGCCAGAGGUUCGGGUUUAAUUAUGAAUAACGCUUGAGUUAUAACGUUCUAGUAUACCGUAUUUAAGGAUAUGUUAUAUUAAUUACGUUUUACGUAAUUUCUGUAGUAUUGGUUUAGUUUUAGGACCGUCUCAUGUCAAAGGGAAUAUUGCUGACGAUCAUCAGCAUGUUGUUAUUGUGUAUAUCAGCAUCUUAUUAAUCAAUUGUUGCGUGAAAUACCUAUUUACACUCAAAGAUUUAAUCGAAAAAAUAUUACAGAUAUCCAGUGGUUAACUUGAACGAAGAUGCUCAGAUAAAGUUAUUGGUUAUUUCAGUAUAUUCGUCAAAGAGCUCGUUGUUCAAUUCAGUAUAGUGACUUCAUUUGCACAAAGACUAAGAAAGAAACAGACUUUGAUGUCACUUAGAAUCCUUGCUGCUUUCUGUGAAGUCACUGUAAAGUGAAUGAAGUUAAUUUAUCAUUGAAGUAAAUAGUGAAGUGUAUGAUUUUCUCACAAAAGAGGAACAAAAAAUCUUGCAGUAAUAUAAUCAUAGUAUCACAAUGACAAGCUUAGCAGAUAAAAUUCCUUUGGCCUCAAUGGAAGAGUUGAAUGUAGGGGGUUCUCCUAUACCCCCUCAUCGCACUUUAAAUCAUAAUCCACCUGAUAACUCUUCAGCUUAUCAACAAAUACCUAAUGAUGAAGUCAAGGGAAAUGCUGUUUGUAGUUCUGAAUUACCUGUACUGUCAACUCGAGAUCAGGACCCAAGAGAUCAGGGCCCACCAGAUAGGCUAAAACUGGUUUACAUAAUUCUGAUGUUACAUGGAAUUGGCACACUUAUGCCAUGGAACAUGUUCAUUACUGCAAAUGAUUACUUUGUGAAAUUUAAGUUAAAUGUAAGUGAAGUUGAUACAAGAGCCAAAGAAUAUCAAGACAACUUCCUGUCUUACCUUGGAUUAGCAUCACAACUUCCAAAUGUUGUCUUUAAUGGAAUUAAUCUGUUUGCCCAGAUUGGUGGAGGAAACCUCACCAAACGUAUUAUCACAAGUUUAAGUGUGGCUAUUGUUGUCUUUAUUUUAACUGUAAUUUUGGCCAUGCUGGAUUCUUCUGAGUGGGCAGGAGCAUUUUUCUACAUCACUAUGGUAUCUGUGGUUAUUUUAAACAUGGCUAAUGGUGUGUUUCAGAACUGUGCUUAUGGCCUUGCUGCUAAACUACCUAUGAAGUAUUCAAAUGCUGUGGUUCUAGGUUCGAAUAUCAGUGGAACCAUUGCAUCUUUGAUUAAUAUUUUGUCUAUUGCAGCUUCACCUAAUCUGAGAACAGCAGCUAUUUAUUACUUCAUCACUGCAAUCUUUGUUCUUCUGUUGACUCUAGAUGCUUACUUCACUCUCCCCUUGAAUCGUUUUUACAGGUACUUUGACAAGAUUUCUAUGAAAUGUCAUGAAGAGAACAAGGGAGAACCCAAAAGACCACCUUAUUGGCAAAUCUUCAAAAAGGCCUGGCCACAAUGUUUCAAUGUUUUCUUUGUUUUUUUUGUAACUUUAACAAACUUCCCUGCAGUACUAGCCAAUAUUCAGGCUAGCAGCCCCGAUUUCUUCAUUUCCUCCACAUAUUUUGCUCCUGUUUGCUGCUUCUUAUGUUUCAACUUAUUUGCCAUGAUUGGUAACAUAUUUCCAAACUGGAUUACUUGGCCUGGACCACGUUUUCUUUGGAUCCCAGUAGUCAUAAGGGCUUUAACUGUACCAUACUUCAUGUUUUGUAACUACAAGCCACAUAAAAGAUCUCUUCCAGUUCUCAUCUCAAAUGAAUGGGCCUAUAUUGUUGUUUCCGUACUACAUGGACUGACUAGUGGUUAUUACAGUAGUCUGGCUAUGAUGUAUGCUCCACGAUGUGUUGACAGAGAGCAUGCCUCCACUGCUGGAAUGAUGGGAGCCUUUUUCCUAAUUCUAGGAAUUUUCACUGGUGUCAACUUUUCUUUUUUCAUCUCAUGGUUGGUAGAGCCUUCUGUCUAGAGAUUCAUAAACCCUCUUAUCCAUGAAACACAGAAACCAACUCGCAAUGUUACAUCAGGAAUAAGAACAUUAACACUACUUGGGUUGUAGUUCAGGUUAUACAAGGAGCUGUAACUUGUCUCUAUGGCUCAUGAUGUUUCAAGUUGUUAUUUACUAUUCUUUGCUAUGGCCAAAUUGUUUUGUUGUCUCUUUUUUGUUAUAGAUAUACAAAAUUAAUUUUAUAUGUUAUUUUCAUACACAUCAAAGAAACCUAGUCUGUUGUCACAACUUUUUGUUUUUCCAUAAAAAAAAAAGAACUGACUUCAGUUGUUACUUGUCAGUACAAGACUUUUUGAUAUGGUUAUUAUUAUUUUGGAAGUUAUGCAGAAAUCCCCAUUUAUUUAGGAUAUCAUGGGGGAAACAAAAAGUUUUAUAUUAGCUUUCCAUCAAUUGAUAGUUUUAGAUCUGAAUUUUUUUAAUUUUUGAUAUAAUUAAUGCUCUUUAGUGACCAUUGUUUUGUGAAUAUUUUCUUAAUUAUAUAUUAAUAUUUCAGUUUGAUAUAAAUUUUUCAAAAUAUAUUAAGGAAAGAACACUAUUUGUUUGACGUUUUGUUAUUGUAUGCCAGAUGAAAAAAAGAAACUAUCUUUAGACAAUAAGCUGUAGUUUGUCGAUAGUUAUACGUGAAUAUAUAUAUAUAUAUAUAGUAUAUACAGUUUUGUGUUUAAAUUUUAUUUUUAUGAGAAAACUUUAGAGAAGUAAGUAACACUUUAAAUUUAACAAGUAUGCAUUGUUCUUGGCUUUUGAUGGUAGUUGAAUCGUGUUGAUAUAGUAAUUGCUGUAAAAUUUCCUGGUGUUGUGAUUUUCUGUAUUGUUCACCAGUAGGAGUAGUAGUAACAAUUUUAUCAAUUUUAUUUUGCACUUUUGUUUAGUUACAUAUUUUAAUGGUAAUUAAGUAUUUUUAUUGUUAGUUUUUUUCUUUUAAGAUAUUUAAUAUGUAUUAUACAAAAUAGUUAGAACUUGCAAAGCGGGAACAUAUGAAAACUUGAUAAAAUUGAUGUUUAAUUUUUCUGUAAAAACCUUUGCAAUGUAGAAGUUCUCAUAGCAAUAUUAUAAGACUUAGAUUUGUUUUAAUUAUCUGGAAAACUGUUAAUUUGUCUGCAAGAUUUAAUGUAUUUUUUAUAACUUUUCUUAAUUUCGUUCUAAAUUUUAGCUUUGGAUGUAACAUUUCUCAAAAUCUACAGUAAGACUUUAUAGGCCAGAAUGAUUAAUAUACUGUUUAUUAAGUGUUUUAGCUUUAUGAUAAAUAGUAUUUUUUAAGUUCAUCAGUAUGAAUUAUUUACCUAAGGAUGUUGGUAGGUGCUGCUUUAGUGGUAAGUACACUUUCUAAAGUUGUGUUAAAAUGUUUUGUCUUCAAAUAGCUUUUUCCUUUAACUUCUCAUAGUUUUUUCAUAUUUAUGAAAUUAGUUUCACAGUAUUUAAGAGCACAAAACAUUCUGUAUCUCUUAUUUUAAACCUCAUUUGCAGCAAUGUAGAAUUGAAAGAAAAUAACUUGUUAGGUUAAGAAAAAUGUGUAAACAGUCUCACAAUAAAGUUUAAAUAAAGCUGU